CAGAGUUGACCAAUAAUGUCUUUGACCUGUCUUAUCUAAACACAGAUAAACCAGCCUGCAAAACAAACGACUCAUUUGUUGCAACAAGCUGCCAGGAUGAAGAAGAAGUCGACCACCCUCCGCGUCAGGUUUCCUGUCUUUGUGUUUGGGACUCAGGUGCUUUUUGUUGCACUCUAUGCUGCCUUUGUCACCUACGAUGAGCACGCUGACGCACGCUUUCAAACCAACCAGACCAACCCAGUGCACAACACUGUGUACAGGGACUACCCUUUCUUUACAGACAUACAGGUCAUGAUAUUCCUCGGCUUUGGGUGCUUGCUGGCAUUUUUUCGACUCUAUGGCUUUGGUGGGAUGGUUUUAAACUUUCUGAUGGCAACUUUUGCCACCCAGUGGGCAAUCCUGGUGCAGGGCUACUUCCAGUUCUACCAUGAUGGUAAGAUCCAUCUUGGGGUGAUCAACCUCAUAAACGCAGAGUUCGCCUGCGCUGUGGUUCUCAUCUCGUUCGGAGCAGUGCUGGGGAAGACAAGCCCGCUGCAGCUGUUAGUCAUGGCUCUGCUGGAGGUGCCGGUGUUUGCAGUCACGGAGUGGACUGUGCUAACGUAUCUGAAGAUCAAUGAUGCAGGGGGAUCCAUUCUCAUCCAUCUCUUUGCCUGUUAUUUUGGUUUGGGUGUGACUUCAGUGCUGUACCGGUCUGGUCUAAACGAAGGCCACGUGAAGGAGAACACCAGCUAUCACUCAGACAUCCUCUCUGUUAUGGGGACCUUGUUCCUCUGGGUGUUCUGGCCCUCAUUCAACUCAGCAUUGUGCCUGAAUGGAGACGACCAGCACAGGGCCAUCCUCCACACGUUUAUCGGCCUCAGCGCCUCCACCCUCACAGCGUUUGCCCUCUCUGCUAUGUUCAACAAAAAUGGUAAACUCACCAUGGCUGAUAUCCAGAAUGUCACCCUGGCUGGAGGUGUGACAGUCGGAGCAUCUGUUGAUAUGAUGAUAACGCCUGCAGCUGCUUAUGCUUUGGGUAUGAUGGGCUGCAUUGCCUGCAUGCUGGGUUACAAGUACCUGAGCCCAUUCUUGGCGCAGCGCUGCAGGAUCCAGGACCAGUGUGGGAUACACAACUUGCACGGACUAACAGGACUUAUUUCAUGCGCUGCAGGGAUAUGUGCCAUACUGAUGGCCAGCGAGGAUGUCUAUGGUCCAAGCUUGUAUGAGAUAUUUACCCACAGAGCACCAGUAGAGGGGGACCCAAAGCUGCAGGAGCUCCAGAUGUUGAUCCCUGGUUUACAGGCGGGUUUGGGACGAAGUGCUCGGGAACAGGCUCUCUUCCAGGUUGCAGCUUUAUUCUUCACAAUAGGAAUGUCAGCUCUGGGAGGAAUUCUCACAGGUUGUGUGUUGAGGUUGCCUUACCUUGCAUCGCCCUCUGAUGACUGCUGCUUUGAUGAUGAGCUGUUUUUUGAGGUUCCCCCAGACUAUGAUUUGCCACUUAAAAUCUGCAACAAAAUUACUGUAGAUGAUUCUGCUGCUUGAUGUGAAACAUGCAGGUGUUUUUCCCCCUGUUCAUUUAACUUGUAACCCAGAAAUAAAAAAAUAAAAAAAUAAAAAUUCCUGAAAGCAGUAGGAUGUUACCUUGCCUGUGUGUUGCUCUAACUUUAAAAUAUAUACGAUUUCCAUUGCACUGUAAAUACAUGCUGAAAUAAGAUGCAGGCCACUGAUUCUGAAACAUUUCUGGAUGUUGAUGUGAAGAAUGCUUAUAAACUCUUCAGGUGAAUAAAGUCUUUCGACCAAC